CGCUGACUCAGUAAAGAAAAGAAGAUCUGUCUAUUUAUCUUUGUUAGUUUUUCUUCAAAAAAGGAUGUAAAUACACGGAUUAUUACCCUCAAGAUGCGAGUGUGGAUUGUGCUGGUCGUGUUGGCAAUCGUGGAGUGCAAUCUGGCAACACCAGAGCCAGAAGAUGAAGAUGUGACUCUAACGAGUGACAUAUCUGAGGCUUCUCCUGAUGCACAAAUAGUGAUGACAUCAUCAGAACCUGCUGCACAAAAAACCAUGACAUCACUAGAAAAUGCUAUGACCACUCCAUCUAGUAGCCAUGACCAUAAUACAAUAAAAAACCGAGGGAAAAAUCGUAAAAAGUUGCACAACCAUCACCAAAGAAACAAAAAUAAGCAUAAAAAGCCAGGUACAGACGUUGACACUGAUGAUGACUCGUGGUAUGACCUUUAUGAUGAAGAGAUUGAUGGUGAAGAAAAGGUUGACCCUGAACCUGUUGAACCCAAAGAGAUAGUGGACACUGAACCUCCAACUAUGGAGGAAAUAACAAAUGAUAAUUUAAACAAACCUAUUUUGGAUUCUUUAACUCAACCAUAUGAGAUUAUCUUCCCAACACAGAUUCGCAGAAAUGGCGAACAUAUCGGUUUGUCUACUCGAGACAAAAAGAGUCGGCAUAAAACUGACCACUAUGAGAAUGUAAUCCUACAGCUUCCCAUGUUUGGCAAGAAACAUAAGAUUAAACUACAGCUCAACACUGGCUUACUGUCCCAUGUAUUAAAGCAGAAAUAUUUUCAAGAUGAACACCAAAUUAUUAGAGAGGGAGUUGAGCAUUGUUACUACCAUGGUAAAGUGAAGAAGGUUAAUAUAUCCCAUGUAGCAUUGAGUACAUGUAAGGGAAUCAGAGGCCUCCUUCAGAUUGAUGAUGAGACCUUCAUCAUUCUACCUCUACCAAGUGGGAGAGACACACUACAUCAUCCUCAUGUUGUCUUCAGAACUUCACCAUCAAAGAAACGCCACUGUGCCAAUACUGCCACUGGCUUCUGGGCUCCCUACAGUAAACUACAUGAAUAUGAUUACUUAAGGAUCCUCAAGAAAAACAAUAUGAACAAAAGGUUAACUCGUGAAACAUCUGACGAAGUUAAACAUAUAAAGCUGGCUCUUGUCAUGGAUCAUGAUAUGUACACCAAUAGGAAUUCUAGCCAAGAAGAGCUGCUUGAAUAUACAGUGCAAGUAGCCAACAUAUUAGAUAUGUACUUCAAGCAAAUGAAUACACGUAUAGCACUGGUAUAUGUAGAAAUGUGGAACAAGGAAAACCAGAUGUCUGUUACGACUAGGAUCAGAGAGGUUCUUCACAACUUCCUUGACUAUAAAAAGAAGCUAUCUGGCCUUGUAAAGUAUGAUAUAGCCCACUUUGUCACUGGUAGAGAGUUCCUAGGUGAUGAUGUUGGCAUGGCAAUACCAGAUUCUGUGUGUACAGAUAGAGCUGUAGCUGUCAGCCAGGAUUCUAAUAUUCACGAACCUCAACAGUUAGCAGGCACUCUGACACAUCUGAUUGGUCACAAUUUGGGUAUCCAAGACGAUGAUGCGGCAUGUCAUUGUGAUGAUCAAUCUGGAUGUUUUAUGUCUGGAAACAUCAAAGGUGAAAGCAGCCACUCUCCUCGUAUGUUCUCUUCAUGUAGUAAGGAGCACUGGAAGCUAGCAGUAGAGACAGGCUUGACAUUCUGUCUCUAUGACACCCCUAAGAAGGAAUCAUUCAGACAGGAGUGCGGUAAUGGAGAAGUGGAGAGGGGAGAAGAAUGUGACUGUACAACACAAGAUGAGUGUGACUCCAUAGAUCCAUGUUGUGAUGCCUCCACUUGUCUUCUUAAGUCCUACUCCACAUGUCGUAGUGGUCCAUGCUGCCAUAAUUGCACAGUUCUUAGCCGGGCUUAUGAGUGUCGUGCAAAAUCAUCGGAAUGUGACGUGCCUGAAUUCUGUGAUGGAAGAAGUGGAUAUUGUCCCGGGAACUCAUACAAGCAAGAUGGCCAGAUGUGCUCUAGUAAUGAUGGGUACUGCUAUAGAGGGCAGUGUAGGUCACACAGCAACCAGUGCCAGAAGACUUGGGGUUCUGAGGCUGACAAUUCUGACGUCAAAUGUUAUGAGCGACACAACCCAACAGGAACCCUAAUGGGGCAUUGUGGGAUUGACAUGAAAACCAAUCAAAAGAUCCACUGCGAUAUACGGAAUGUGGGGUGUGGGAUGUUGCACUGUCAGGGCGGUGACAAGUACCCAGCCUGGGGGUCACAUACUUCAUUCUCUGACACAAGAUUUGGCGCUGAUGGUAAAGAAUUCCAGUGCAAGGUGAUGAAUGGUCCAAUAUCUGAGAGUCUGAGUGUUCAGGGUCUAGUGGAGGAUGGUACAAAGUGUGGGGAGGGCAUGGUUUGUAUGAACCAGGUCUGCACAGAUGCCACCCUGGUCUUUACAGCAGAGGAGUGCCCAACUGGUAGCAACAAUGAAACAUGUUCUGGGAGAGGAGUCUGCACAAACACUCUUGAAUGUUUCUGUGAUCCUGGUUGGACUGGAAUGACAUGUGGGGAAGUACAGAACAUCACCAUGACAACUGUUACUAAGCCACCAACUCGCAAGGCAACACUACCCAACUACUGGGUGAUCCUUGAUGCAGCAAUGACAACUGUUCCUCCACAUCAGCCAACCAAUAUGACUCCUGUAGGGGCCCUAGAUAUGGCUCAGAAAGAAGCUAUCAGCACAAUGUGGUUGUUGGUGAUCCUUGGAUCAGUUGUUGGGAUCCUAGUAAUUGCACUUGGGCUCUCAAUGUUAUGUUAUAGACGCAAAAAUCCAUUGACAAUAUUUGACAAAAAGAAUUUAUUUGGUAAGAAGGAGAGUAUGAAAAGUCGAGAGGAUGAAGAAUCUUCAGAAGAAGCAAAUGCCAACAGAAUAAUAUCAUUUGGCAACAUGCCUUCAUAUAGGAAAGACAAGAGGAACAUGUGGAAGAAGAAAAGGAGGAUGGAUGGAGAGGCGAGUGAGAGUGAACAAGAGAAUGAAAUCCUCUCUCACCCCAAGGAUCUCUCUAUGCAACCAGAGAAAGGAAUCCUCAAGAAGACACCGAGAAGUGUUGAUGAUUUGAAACGAUUGUGUGCGCCUGCAAAACCAGCACCUAAACAAUUUGCAACAAUGCCUGCUAAAACAUCUGAUAUAGUCCGACCUAACACCCUUGAUGCAAUCAAGCCAUUUGUGUUGGACUCAAAAUCGAAUUCAAAUAGAAAUAGUACCAGUAGCCCUGUUGAUCGAACAGAACUGGAAGACCUAUCACAGAGUGAUAAUGAAAUUAUUAAUACGCCAGAUUCAUACAGUAUUAUUCCUGGCAGAAUGUCCCCUGGCUUUAAGGAUGACAAUCAAUCUCUGAGAAGUGUCGGGAGUCGCCUCAGCAGCAACGGGAGUCGACAUAGUUCCCGGCCCAGUAGCCAUCAUGGCAGCUCACAUAGCAGCAAGGACCACCUAGACUCACCUAGGACCACUCGGAAUAACAUUGAACAAGAGGAGCCUCUCUUGAAACAAAAAUCCACAUCAUCAAGUAGGAUUGUCAAGUUACGUAACUUGGAUGAUUUACUGAAGGAGAUAGACAGUCAGACACUUGACGUGUCUCCGAAGUAUGAUGAGCCAUGCUCUAGCGACGCGGAAGCUGAUAGACAAUUUCCAAGAAACAGCUUCUAUAAACAGGAUGAUGAUUUCUCAGCAUCCAUUUUGGGAAAUAAACCUUCCAAUUUGAUGAACAUCACAAAUAACCCAAUGGAGGACGUGAAAUUAUAUAAUAAACCACCGUCACCACAGGAUUUUAAACAACUUGGUAAACCGCAGAUUAAGCAUAGACAAAUGGAUAAUUUAGGACUCUUGCCAUUUGAACAUUCGCCAGAAGAAUCUGAUUCAUUUAAUCUCAACCAAUCACCAGAUAUUUUCCCCAAUCCCCAUCAGAGAGAGCCAGAUGCUCAAUCUAGCCAAUCAGACUCUUUAGAGAAACGAUCACAUGACUUGGGUUACCAUAGCAACACACCUAGUGUACUUGGAGACCAAUUGAUGGAUCCAGACUCGUACAUCAUCCGGGAGAUUCCUAUUAGCAACAGUGUGAAUAGUUUCACACGGAGAAAUUCUUACUCAAAAGCAACACAUGGUUCUGUGGAAGCUCUUCCUAUGUAGCCUAAGGUUUAUUCAAAGAAAUUCAAUCUACUUAGCAACCUGUUUGCAUACACACACACACACACUUCAUGUAUAAUACGAUAAUUUGUGAAAGUCAUCAUAAAAGGGUGGCCAUUUUGGAUUUUUCCGAAGGUGCAUCUAUUCUAUUAUUAAAAAGUAUUGUAGGAGAUUCUUCUUAGCAACGAGUAAACAGAUCUGUGUGAGAAAUGAAAUGAAAAUAGUUUGUGAAUGGGUAGCUAACAUGACAUUCAGGACUCAUUUCAGGAAUAUUCUGAAUGGUACUGCUAUUUAAAAGCAAUAUAAAGGGGUACAAAUAGCAAUCUAAGCACAUGCAAUGAAUUUACUAGCAAACUUAAACUAAAGGGGUACUGCUAUGUUGAACAUAUUAGAUUAUUAAUAAAUAGACAGUCCUGUUUUUGGUCCAGUUUUGUUUUCUGAUAUUCGUUUCAAUUUACCUUCAACUGAACAUACUGAUAUAUACAGAUCAUCUCCAGUUCAAACUACACUAUGUAUUAUAUUUAUAAUAUCACCAUUAGAGGCUAUGUACAGAUAGACUGAUAUCAUGCAACAGUUUAAUUAAUGGUAAAGUCAGUGAUUUUAAUACAGUUGCGUAAACAUUUGAUGUGAGACUGAUAGACUUUACUAGACUGUAAAUAGCAGAAAUAACACAUGUGUUAAAGUAAUAUUGUUGUCAGUCGACUUGUGGACUAUAAAAAAUGUUUGUGAUGUUGGACAUGGUUUUGCAAAGUUUUACAAAAAAUGUAAUAGAUGUGACAAUGAUAAUUAAAUAUUAGGUUACAUUAAAGACCAGAACAGUGUAUUUGAUCAAUGUACAUCAACUCAUGUUAUUAAUUACAUAUUUGAGAAAAGGAUUAAAUGUCCCAUCUGUUUUGUUUGUGCAUUGAUAUAAGAGGAACUGUCUUUUAAUUGUAAACAGAAACAACAAAUGUUAAGUUAUGUUUUUAUAGGCUAUUAAGGAGGAUGGGAUGGCUUAAAUGUGAAAUCUGAAAUGUAAUCAGUGACAUUUUGGGACAAUUUCAAAAUAUUGAUCACAUCCCUAAACAUUUGACAAUGUUUUCAGAUUUACAUACAUAUGAUAUUUAUAUAUACUGUACACAAUCAAUGAGACCUAAGUAUUAAUUUGAAAAUACAAUCAAUUUAUAUCCAUACAUAACACAUAUACAAGGUACUUUACUAUAAAACCUAUAGCUUAGAAUGUAGGUGUUCUUAUACAUUUACAUAUGUGUUGGUCUUGACUUACAUAAAUGUGGGACUUGACUCAUCAUGUGGGUCUUGACUUGUUUUUUCUAGAUUAUGCUUACACCUGUUUGUCUUGACUUGCACAGGUGUUAUCUUGACUAACAUACUUUAAGGAAUUUACAAUGUUUUUCUUGGCCUUCUGAGAUCUCAAAGAAGUAUAUACUUUGUAGUACAUAACCUUCCUGAUAGUUGUACAUAAUGUAAAAAUAAUAUAACAUAUACAUACAAAAAUACAUGUUAUAGCAUUUUGUAGAAUUUAAUUUUUUAGAUUUUUUACUUUGUGUAAAGCCAUUAUAUGUUAUAGUAUUGUAAGUGUUAUUGUUUAGCCUAGUUUUCUAGCUUAUUUGGAGUAGAGUAGAUUUGAGACUAGAGAUCUCUUUAGUAAGAUUCCUACAUCACACAAUACAUGCAAAAAUGUAGCACUAAAUAUUUGUAUUUAUUUAUAAAUGAUAAACUUGGUAUAAGUGAGUUAACCAUGUUCUGUUAUAAAACUUGCAUUAUAUAUUCUUGCAUGCUAAAGCUAAAGCACAUUUCAUGACUGGCAAAAUUGAUGUAUCCAGUUGCCAACUAGAAUUUAUAUUUGAACAAAAUGUAUUUGGUUCAUGACUUCUAUACAUAUUACUUGUAUAUACUGUACAUUUCAUGAAUUGUGUAAUCAUUAUUUGAUAUUCACUUAUUCAGUAAUAUUUCAUCAUUCUGGUGACAAUUUUGUUUGCUCUUUAAAAAAAUAGUACUGGGUGUUUCAUAAUGACCAUUUCCAAAUCAAUGUUUAAAUCUAGAUAGCUCACUUGUAUUGUUCUUUAAAUUCAAUCCAGGGAUUAUUUAAAUAAUUUCGAUUAAGCUCAGCAAUUUUUACAACUUGGUAUUAUGUCACCAAAAGUACCCAUUUGACCUUGAGCAUACAAUCUGAGAGCCACAUUUUCCAUAUUCUACCCAACUGACAGGUAUAUGUUUUGGAUAUAUGGCCAUGAUGUUUCAAGGAUAAUUUAAUAAAUAUUUCUCUUAAAAUUAUGAAUAGUAACCACCAUAGUAACUUCCGAACACAAGUUCACAAAUAAUGCUCUCUCUGAUCUUAGGCCAUGUGCUCUCGGAUUUACUAUUGAUGGGGUCAGUCAUUAUGAAAAACUCUGUAUAGUAUACUUAUGGUACUUAAUACCUUUUACAAAUUAUUUAUUUCACUUUGAGAUACCGCUCUUUGUUUGUAUUCAUGUUGUGUGAUGUUGACAUAUUUAAGAUGGCAGCAUGUUAAACAGUUGUCCUAUUUUACUGGGUAACUAUUGUAAAUAUUCAAACAUUAUCAGAUAAACUUUAGAUAUGAAAUAUUACAAAAAAUGUUUGUU